AUCAUUGAAAGAAUGAAUUCCUUUUAUCGCGGUCAUGAAGCGCUAUUCCGAACAAAAAGAAAAUAUCGAUAAGACCUAACUCAAUUUGCUUUAUUUACGUUGGAAAGGAUAAAAAAAAGCCAUCCCGUCCAUUCUUGUGUUUGCACCGACCUUCAUAUCCCAAAGAUAAACCUUUUCACCCCUUCAAAGCAUGAAAGAGGAUGCUUUCUGUUGUUCUGUUACUAACUGUGGGCGUGCAGGUCGCCCUCGGCUGGGGUGGACUUUUCAACCGUUUCAGCCCUGAAAUGCUCUCGAACCUUGGCUACGGUGGACACGGAUCUUCUUCCUAUAGAGUGCAACCGUUCUUACAAAACUCUAAUUCGAUGGAAGCAUUACAAGAACUUCAAGAAGCGUCAGACCCUUGUUUUGGAAGGAAGUGCAUGGCUAACGAGCAUUGCUGCCCCAGUUUCGUCUGCAUUAUUCGCGAUCAAGAUGUUGGUUCCUGUUUUCCUCUGGACGGCCUAGGUCAAGGCGAGCUCUGCAGACACCACUCCGAUUGCGACACCGGCCUCAUCUGCUACUCGAAUGGCGACGGUACUAAAACUUGCCAGCCGCCGUUUGCAUCACCAAAACUUUACAAUGAAGAGUGUACAAUAAGCAACGAGUGCGACAUCCACCGAGGUUUGUGCUGUCAGUACCAAAGGAGACACAGACAAGCGGCUCGUAAGGUGUGCUCCUACUUCAAAGACCCGCUCGUCUGCAUAGGACCGGUAGCUUCUGAUCAAGUGAAGGGCGACAUCGAGAGGACGGCGGGUGAAAAGCGCAUAACCAGCAAAUCGUUGGAUGCUUUCAACCACCUCCGCCGCUAGAAGCUGCUUCAUCCCAGCCGUAGAUCUAUUUCAGCCCUUUACCUCUCCAAUUCGACUUUCGAACCCAAUAAUUUAUGACUUCCUUUAAGUAUAUUCAUCUUUUGUCUGGGCUGGGCUCGAUAUUAAGCCCGACCAAUUUGUUUUUCUAUUUUUGUUCCUUCUUUAUGUAAAUCUCUCUCUCUGUGACUCUCUGAAAUUCUGCUCGAGACGGACCGCGACCUUUUAGACUGUAUUGAAGUCACGCGUGGUUUAAGGCCCGACAAACUUGGUGAGGGUGUUUCAAACUAAGCUCAACUCAACGGAACUAACUUUACACAAUAAUAGAUCAUAUAACUGAAAACAAAGGUGAACAUAUUUUCAAAAUUGUAUCGAGUCUGACAAGUCUCAUCCUUCUCGAGCUGUGCAAGUAAAUAUUAGCUUUAAUAAAAAGUAAAAUUUGUAAGUUUUUUUUGUAUAAUGGUAUAUCGGCACAGUAUGAACAUAUACAUAUCAAUUUAAAAAAAAGUAAAUAAAUACAUAUCAUAGCUCCUAAUAAAAAACAUAUCAUAAUAUAAUAAAGUUAAUAUAUUUUUUUUUAUAAAUAUCUCUAUUAUAGUUAUCGUUGGAAGUUAGGCCUAACAGAUGGCUUUAAAUUAUUUAAAUCGGUGUUGUCUACAGUUAUAUAUUAAUAAAAUAUAAUAUUAUUAUAUAAAUACCGUUGUUAUAAGAAUUUUAGAUUAUAUUUUGGGUGUUCCCCUUAUAUGUAAUUUACUGAGGGUCUGUAAGCGAGACAUAAACAUGGGAUUAAAGGUAGGCUCCCAAAUCUUCAAUUUCCGCCUUCUUCGGCGUUCAUUUCAAAAGGAAAAUUUAUCUAAAAUAGUGCACGUUGUCUUUAUUUUCUAUCGUUUAAGGAUCAACAAAACAAAGUGUAUUCUAAGUGUCUAAUUGGACAUAUCAUAUUAAUAUAGUUGUUUAGUGCUAAAUGAAGCUAAAUGAAAGUAAAUAAUAACACAUUUAAUGUAAUGUAACCUCUGAACUGGUGAGAUAUAAAGUUAUGUGUAGCCAGAAAGGAGUAAGAAUAAAUGUUUAAUUCAGAA